GUCGAGACGAUCUGCUCGCGCAAAGCACCCUUCGCUCGAGGUUGCCUCUUAGGUUGCCUCUUUCCUCUAUCAGUAAGAUCUGGUGCGCGAACCGCUAUUGUUACCACAGCCCGCCGUGUUGCGCACCCGGCGAUGACGUUGUCCGAGGGAAUACGUGGUCUAAUUGCUCACCUGGGCCCGUGGCAACACGGCGGAGUGGUUCUCAGGAUCCAACGCGACUGGCCCUGGACUUUUUCUACUAAAUUGAAGAACGACAACAUGCCGAGUCUCAUUCAACUACAUGUGUCUGGAGCACCCCGAGCACCCCGGCGUCUGAUGUCCUGUUGCACCCUACGGCCCCCAAAUGACGCUUGUCCCCAUCCUGGGUGCGGCUUGGUUGGGCAUCCACGCUUGUAAGCUCUGAUAUUUGAAGUGGCCUGACGCCCGUGGGGAGAGUGACGCCGUGGACCGUCCCCACAGAACUCUUCCAUUCGAGAAUGACCUUGUCCACAAAGCCACAGAUACGCAACGAAGAUGAAUUCACACAACCAGGCCUACCUCCCCAGAUCUCCGCGUGGCCGUCACGAUCAUAGCUUCGUGGAUGACGCCCUCUCAAGCUAUGCUACCAACGCCAACGCGGUUUCUCCUACAGCCCAACGCACCGAUCCUUAUAAUCAGGGGUACACCACCAACAACCUUGUGUCAACGCCAAGUUAUUCCUGGCCGGUUGGCACGAGUACCAGCUUCGACCGCCCUCAACAGAACCCAAGGACCCCGGCCACAUCACACGCGUCGAAAUCACGGAAAGAAACCCACUGGAUCACGGAGUCUCUGUCGUCCAGCUUCACGGAGCACACCAGACGGGAAGCUCCCGCGGCGCACUGCUGCAUGGUCUGCAACAUCUCCUUCCAGAGCAACUCCGAACUUGAGAGCCACGCAAAGGCCACUCGACACUCAGCCUUUACGUGCUCAUGCGACACUUCAUUUGGUCGUUACUCCUCCCUAGCAAGGCACAUCAACUCAAAUACUGGAACCGGGUUCCACUGCGGGCUGUGCGAGGACCGGACCUUGCCCCGUGUUGACAAGUUGUAUGACCACCUGCGAGACGGCCACAAGGUCAGCCAGAAGGUCCUAGAUCACCACAGAAAUAAGGCGUUAGGCCGCACCAAGAUGAAGGCGCGGCCAAUCAAGCCGGCCUCAUCGCCGGUUGUCACUCCACAGGUGACCUACGUUGGAGGCUUCGAUUCUGCGUGGGCCCCUUCAGGCCAGGUCAAUGGGAUGGCUGGGCGCCAUACAAUGAACAUGACACCACCCAAUGGUGUCGAUCCUACACAUUUCAUGAAUUACCCGAACUCUCUCCCUCCUUUCCCAUAAUUGCGGGCACGCUGGUCCCGACGACUCUUUCUCUGCCAGACUCAUUUCUGGAUUUGGGUUUUCUGUCCACUCCUUUCAUUAAUCGGUUGCCAGGGUUCUCUAUAUGUUUCUUGAAGCUAUCUCUUGGACUUUGCCGGCGGUCGUGUCUGUCGCAAAAAUUCUGUUUGUUUCUUCGUUCCCAGCACAGGACCCACCGGUGUCACCUGAGCCUUCAUCCUCGAUGCGGCAUAUGCUCAGUGCUCCAAUUUCGGCUCAGUUGGCACGUGGGGCAGACAGCAGUGAUGGCAAAAUUAUUAUAGUCUUCCGUGUCUCAGUGGAUGGGCUACAUAAUAUCCGUUUCUCCUUCAAUCGUACGACAAAUUAUCGUCGCCGCUGAC